AGUGGCGGGUUAUCAUGGCCACUGCUUCAAGUUAAUGCAUUCUGUGCUCCAUCUGUCUGGAUGUGCUCACGGAUCCGGUCACCAUACCACGAGAGCACAACUUCUGUAGGUCGUGCAUAACAAAGCACAGGAAUAUCAGCCAUCACCAGCACCUUACCCUGGGUAAAGACAUGUUUGACCCCAGACCAGCUCAGCGGAUCAACACCUUUAUAUCUGGGAUGGCUGCUCGCUUCAGGAAUGCCAGGAGCUUGUCAGGACAAGUAUUUCCCUGCUCAGAAGGGCAUCUGUGUGAUGUCUGCGCCAACCACAAGCAGAGGACAGAAGAGUGUAAAGAAAGGGGGAAGACGCCAGAGAAGACCAGAGCUUGUGUUGAGCAUUUGAUCCAGGAGAGAUUACUGAAGAUUGAGCAGCUUAAACAGUCGGUGAAGCUCAGCAAGCAGGACGCAGGCACGGCCACGACAGCCAUCGCUGAGAAUUGUUCCAGUCUGAUCAAUUCUGUACAGAAAAGUUUGGACCAUUUUAAGGACGUGAUUGAACAGAAACAGAAAGAAACAGAAAAACAGGCAGAAGGUUUCAUAAAGCAGCUGGAAGAGGAGAUCUCCGAGCUGAUGGCAGAACGGUCAGAGAUGAUGCAGCCGGCACAAACCAAAGAGCAUUCAUAUCUUCUCCAAAACACCCAACCAAUGAAGGACUGGACCAGGGUCACGGUCCAGUCCUCCUGCGACGUGACGGUGAGGACAGCUGCUGCUAAGCUGGAGAGAAUCAGCAAAGAGAUGAAGGAGCUGUCCAGUCGGGUCGAGCUUGAGAAAGUCCGGCUGUACGGGGUGGAUGUGACUCUGGAUCCAAAUACGGCAAAUCCCUACCUGGUCCUGUCUGAUGAUGGGAAAAGAGUAAGCUGCGGUGACGCUGAACAGGUUCUCCCAGACAGGCCAGAGAGACUGUCCUCCUUUGGAGUCUUGGGAAGGCAGAGCUUCUCCUCAGGAAGGUUUUACUACGAGGUGAAAGUUAAAGGGAAAACUAAAUGGGACUUAGGAGUGGUCCGAGAGUCCGUCAACCGGAAAGGGGAGAACACAAUUUGCCCUGAAAACGGCUACUGGGUUGUAUGGUUAAGAAACGGUCAUUACAGAGCCCUUACUAGCCCCUCUGAGCCUCUGUCUCUGAUGUCAAAGCCCCAAAAGGUGGGGGUGUUUGUAGAUUACGAGGAAGGUCUGGUUUCCUUUUAUGAUGCUGAAGCAGCACACCUCCUCUUCUCUUUCACUGCAUGUGACUUCAGUGAGAAACUCCAUCCGUACUUCAGUCCCUGUCCAAGUGACGAUGGACAAAACUCAGCCCCUCUGAUCAUCUCCAGCAUCAGUCAGACAUUAGACUGACGUCAUUUGUCAUUUCUUUAAACCAAGACAAAAAUAAUCUAUUAGAGGAUGGUUAUAUGCGACUCUUUGUGUUUUGGAUUGAUCUGAUACAUUUAAGUGUGGAAAAGAAAGUAAGGGUCCUGUCUAGAGACACAAUGAACUGACUCCUCCUCCAUGUCGAAUAAAGGCCUAUAAAGCAAAGUACGGAUAAUUUGGACGCAGUAGGGACUGAUAUCAAAUGUUAGUCAAACUGUUAUUUGAGAGGUACAGGAAGAGCAGCUCUGCUUUAUUAACCUUUGUCAACGUCCUUGGCUGAAGAACUGAGAGCAGGGACGGCUGACCGUUGAUAACAAACAGCUUGGAUGAACAAGGGAUGUUCCACCCUACUUUAAGAUGUUCAUGUCUAAUCUAAACCAAUAAUUCAAGCAAUUACUGGAAAUGCCAUGAAGUGGUUCUGAAUAAUUAUAAUCCCAAUAAAAAUAUUUGGGAGGUAUUGAAAUGUUUAAACUGUCUGAUAUGGUUAGAUAAAUGUGUAAACUCGGUGUAUCGGUAUAGAUGUUUUUGUGAAUAUUUGUGGCGCAAGAAAACCCUCCAACCUGGUUGAAAAGCUCUUUAAUGCCCUCUGGUGGCAAGUUAGAUUUGUUAACACAAAACCUAAUCUUUAACUUUGAUCCUGGAUAGGUAUCAUAGUUUUUUCUUUUAAUCACCAUUCCAAGCAAUAAUUUGGGAAGCUCAACUCUAUGGUGUCUCUGUGUGAAUUAGAAAUGAUUUUACAUGCUUUCAUUUAGUCUCGGGUGGAUUAUUGGAAUGGACUUUUGACCUGUUUUGACAACUCUAUUGUGCAUCAUUGUAUUCACUGUGCAGAAUGCUGCGGCGAGAAUUUCAACACCACCCCCAUCUUGGCUUCACUUCACUGGCUACCAGUAAAUUUAAGGUUUCAUUUUAAACUAUAUAAUAAACUAUAUAAUAUAUCUCAGAUGUGCUCAAGCCCAGUCUGUCAGAGCUCUGAGGUCAGCUGAUCAGAGACUAUAGUUAGUCCCACAUACAAGGUUUAAGACCCGUGUGGAUGGAGCGUUUCAGGCCGGAGUGCCCAAAUUGUUUCAUUCUCUUCUAUUGUUUUUCACUGUGUCGACUUCACUGAUCAUUUUUUAAACGCAGCAAAAACAUAUUUGUGCAGAUUGGCUUUUAGUUAAUUGUAAUCUUUAUUUUUCUUUGUGUUUUGUAACACACUUUGUGAUUUAUCUGUGAAAGAUGUUAUAUAAAUAAAAAUUCA